AUAUUUAUUAUCAUUUCAAGAUGGCGACGUAAACGAAAGCUAAAUAAGCAAGCAGGAAAUAAUUGUUCACAAUCAUCUCCUUCUUUACAACUAAUACUUAACUCGGGCGAAAAAGGAACGAUUCCUAAAGUAAGGUUCAAAUUAUCUUUUCUUUUUUUUUUUAAAUAUUUACCUCGAUUGAUUUAAUUAGUCACAAAUGCCAACAGUAUACUAGACUUAGACUUAUAAAUUAAUAUGAGAAACCAUUUCCAUCUAAUGAAUGCCCAAUGAGAAUGAAUUGAGUCUGAGUAAAUGACACAAUCACCGAGUCAGUGAAUCUGCAUCACAAUCAAAUUAUUAUUUCCUCAUUUAUUGCUUCAAUUAUUGAGCAUUUAAAAUUGACACACACAUUGAAUGGCUUAGGUCUAGGUAAUCUAAUUAAAAUAUUCUAAUAUUCUAGAUUUGUAAAUUAAAAAGUGAAUGAUGAAAAUGAAUGGCAUGGUAAAUGCCAAUGCAGCUUUUCCAGACAAUGGGCCACAACUAGUGAAAGGGCUCCCUAAACCUAACCUGAACCUAAAUCUAUCCCUAAACCUAACCCGAACCUAAACAACUAUCUCUAAACCGCUAGGUCAUAGAUUUUAGGUUUUAAAAUUUACGCGCAAGUGAUUGGGGACUAAAAUUUGGAUGGAAUUUAUCCUUGUGUAAGGGAUACUGACUUAGUAUUCAGUUGAGGCAGAUUUGUAGAUUUUAGGAUUGAAGGUUUGGAUUUUCGUUUCUCUCUGUAAGAUGUUAAAACAGCACAUUCUCUCCCUUUCCCCUCCCCAUUUUAGGUGACAUUUUUUGGCCCUUCUCUUUUUUUUUUAGAAAGCCGCCACCUUGCUGCCGUCACGGCAACAAAGAUGGAGGCAGUGGGGAAAAAGGUUUUCAAAAACACAGGGAAAUGAGUGGCACAGAAAGCAUAAAACUUCAAAUUACUCUGACACUUUUCAGUGCAUCCUUCUGCGCAGGCCCAAACAAAUGAUGAUAAAGCUUGUGGCACAGUUUCUAAACAGGCUUUCUUUUUUAAUUUGUAUUCUAUUUCUUUGUUUUGUAUAAAUUAUUGAUUUUCUCAGCCAUCAUGAUGUUGCAACUUUUGUAACUUAUUUUAUUUAAAAAGGCCUAACAUCAUUUUGUACCAUAACAAAAACAAUUAGACAAGAAAUAAAAAAUUAAGUUACAGCCAUCUUUUGACAUUUUAGCAAGAUUUCUAGUUUAAAUGGAGAGUUCUUCUGUCAUUGAGGUGUUCUUCUUGAUAGAAAUCUUGAACAUCUGAAUGACAGCACGUAAUAAAUGGCCCAUUAAUUUAUUCCAAAUUAUAUAUUAAAAUUAACUUUUAACACUAAAAUUCUAAAGAUAACUUAAUAUUUUUCUGAAUACUCAGAACAAUCUUGAAUUUUGUUCAUCGUAUGACAAUGUGGUUAUUUUAUUAUAGUUAUUAUAGUCUCCAUGAAAGGGGAGGUAAGAAGUUUAUUUUUAAAAAUGUUGAAAUAUUAUUACUGGUUAAGACUUAAUUGCAUUUAAUUUACAGUGCUAAAAUACAAUAUUACUAUUUUUCAAAUUUAAAACCAGGAAAUCUAAAAGCAUUUUGUUGCCAUGGGUGUCCAAAAAUAAAAAAAUUAUCAUAAUUAUGUGUGGUUACAUAACUCUUUUCAGUGAGGCAUUCUUUUUAAAAUAAUAAUAUUAUGAAGCCAAUUCGGAUUAAUGGUAUGUUUUAGUUGUGUCCUUUAUUUAUGCCUGGAUAUCAGAUGGACUCAACGUUUUGAUCAAUUAAUAAUUUUUGAGUGUGUAGUCUUAAAAUAUACUGGUUAUAACUCACAGGACCAAUGUCCAAAAAAAAUCCAUUAAAUAAAGUACUGGUAAAAACAGUAAGUAUAGUCACCUUAAACAUUACUGGCUAACAGUCUGUCAGUAAAUAAAAUAAAAGGAGGGAUGGAUGGAAUUUUAUACUGAGUCCUAGAAAGAGAGGAAGUGAGUCUGAUUUAUAUGAAUGGCUUGUCAACUAGUUUUUUUAUUACAUUUCAAAUCAAAUAUUUUUAAUUAGCCACACCCAAAAACGCUGUACUGAUCUUGGGGUCAGCCCAGGGGAAAAUGAUGUAAACACGUCGUCUACAUAACAGCAAGUAAAAUUUCUAUUUUAAAAAAUGUCCUUGUAGGGUGAUCAAUAUCAAAACAUUUUCACAAUAAAAAACACCAGCUACAUUUUAACUUUAAAUACUGUGACUGUGAUCUAAAGUGCUGUUUUUUUAAUAGGGGUGCACCCACAUGUACAAACCUUGAUUCAAAACACUUGUACAAAAUGUGCUCAAACCUUUAGUACAGCAUGUCAUCAAAUCACCAACAUAGCAAUAAUAGCAUUAUUGACUACAUCUUCUAUGAAUAAAGAUAUAGUCUUUAAACGUUACGUUAUACUAUUAUCAAGGGCAAAGGCAGAGGGGUGGCCGGCUCAUUGGCUCUUUAUUCCUUAUACUGAGGGACGAUAUUGUCAGCCAACUACAGGGGGGGGGGGGGGUGGUCAUGAAAGGGGGUUGGCAAAAAGCUAAACCCGCCCAAAGCUGCACUAACCCUUGCUGUGCCAUGACGAUCAUUGAUUAUAUACUUUAUUAGCAGUGUCACAUGACCUCAUACAAAUUUGAAUUAAUUUUUUUUCCUGCAGAAAAUUCAAAAUGGACACACAGCGAUCUCCACAUACCAAAGUUUUUAUUCAGAGGGAUUUUACUGAGGGAAUCUCAGUGAAGUUUCAAACUAGAUAUCCACCUGAGCUGGAGGGACGGGUGAGAUGAUUAUAGUAGUCAAGAGCAGAUAUAAUGUUUGUUUUGUUUACAGUACCCGUAGUCAAGAGCAGAUACGUUUGUUUUGUUUAAAAUUGAAAUAGAUAUUUAGCAUUUUCUGAAUAUGGUAACCUUGUUUAACUGUGUGUGUGAUACUUGACUUUACUAGGUUGACAGAGCCAUUUAUGAACGAACAAUCAACAACAUUAACGAGAUGUUUGCCGAUGCUGAAAGCCUUGGAUCACGAACAUACUGUGAAAGCUGCUUUGCCUGUCUGACUGGCUAUAUAGCCCUCAUGUGCAUGGAUACUUACUAUGAAAAAGUAAUACAUACCUUAAGAAGAGGAAUAUAAAUUAAUAUUGCAAGAUCACUUAAAUUUAAGAAUAAUUGAUACAUGAAUGUAUCGCUGCUAGAUGAUGAAAUCACAUUGCUAUAGCAUAUCAUAAAUUCAUGUUUUAUCUAAGUAAUCUUUUAAAGAGUAUUCGUUCUUUACAAAAAUAGUAACUGCUGUUGCUUGAUUAUAAAAAGUACACAUUGACCAUUCAUAUUUAUCUGAGACACAUUGACCAUUCAUAUUUAUCUGAGACACAUUGACCAUUCAUAUUUAUCUGAGACACAUUGACCAUUCAUAUUUAUCUGAGACACAUUGACCAUUCAUAUUUAUCUGAGACACAUUGACCAUUCAUAUUUAUCUGAGACACAUUGACCAUUCAUAUUUAUCUGAGACACAUUGACCAUUCAUAUUUAUCUGAGACACAUUGACCAUUCAUAUUUAUCUGAGACACAUUGACCAUUCAUAUUUAUCUGAGACACAUUGACCAUUCAUAUUUAUCUGAGACACAUUGACCAUUCAUAUUUAUCUGAGACACAUUGACCAUUCAUAUUUAUCUGAGACACAUUGACCAUUCAUAUUUAUCUGAGACAAAUUGACCAUUCAUAUUUAUCUGAGACACAUUGACCAUUCAUAUUUAUCUGAGACACAUUGACCAUUCAUAUUUAUCUGAGACACAUUGACCAUUCAUAUUUAUCUGAGACAAAUUGACCAUUCAUAUUUAUCUGAGACAAAUUGACCAUUCAUAUUUAUCUGAGACAAAUUGACCAUUCAUAUUUAUCUGAGACAAUUUGACCAUUCAUAUUUAUCUGAGACAAAUUGACCAUUCAUAUUUAUCUGAGACAAAUUGACCAUUCAUAUUUAUCUGAGACAAAUUGACCAUUCAUAUUUAUCUGAGACACAUUGACCAUUCAUAUUUAUCUGAGACACAUUGACCAUUCAUAUUUAUCUGAGACACAUUGACCAUUCAUAUUUAUCUGAGACACAUUGACCAUUCAUAUUUAUCUGAGACACAUUGACCAUUCAUAUUUAUCUGAGACACAUUGACCAUUCAUAUUUAUCUGAGACAAAUUGACCAUUCAUAUUAUCUGAGACACAUUGACCAUUCAUAUUUAUCUGAGACAAAUUGACCAUUCAUAUUAUCUGAGACGCAUUGACCAUUCAUAUUAUCUGAGACACAUUGACCAUUCAUAUUAUCUGAGACGCAUUGACCAUUCAUAUUAUCUGAGACACAUUUACCAUUCAUAUUAUCUGAGACACUUGACCAUUCAUAUUAUCUGAGAUGCAUUGACCAUUCAUAUUAUCUGAGACGCAUUGACCAUUCAUAUUAUCUGAGACGCAUUGACCAUUCAUAUUAUCUGAGACACAUUGACCAUUCAUAUUUAUCUGAGAUGCAUUGACCAUUCAUGUUAUCCGAGAAGACAGAAUGAAUGACAUUGAUAACUCAUUCACUAAAUCCAUAUCUUCUAUCUAUAGACUCUUAAAAAGGUCCGACGUUAUCUAGAGGAACAGAACCAAACCAUUUACAUGUCUAGAGGUGUCAUGCUUAUAGACCCUGCUGAACGAGGACUCAGAAUAGUAUCCUUUUCAAAUAACCAUGACAUUUCAUUUUUUUUUUUUUCUUAAAGUCAAAUCAAACCAUCAAAUUGUUCUAAAAGACCAUUUAAAUAUAACUAGGUUACUUGUACACUAAUCAAUGAUAUUAUCAAAUUUUUUUUUUAUCAUUCAUUCGUUGGCUAUUAAAAUAUCCAGUUUUUAUUGCUUAUAUUCCGUAUGACAAUGUAAUAUGGUACAAUGGUACAUACAAACUGGAUAAAGUCCAUCAGAGUUAAAUUAUUUGAUAAUAAUUUUAAAUGAUAUAAUCAAAUUUUUGAAAUAGUGAAACCAAAGCAGACUUCUCAGUGUCAAUAAUAAAUGCUUGUUAAAGUGAAUAUUGGUAUCGAAAGCAAAAAAUUGUAUUCCUUAACUCCUGUCAGCUUGAAAUCGACAUCUCUAGUAUUGACACACCGCAGCGAUGAUCCAUGAUGUAGAGAAAAGAUAAAAAGAAAUAUUUCAAGCAACUGAAAGUUAAUUUGCUAAGCAAAUAUCAGAAUUUUGUUAUGUGCUUGCCAAACAAUUUAUAGUACUGAACAAUUUUUGGUAGCCCAUUAGUAAAAUUUUAAUGAUUUAGCAUUUCAUUUAAGACCUUUUUGUUAGUAAAAUCAUCAGCAGCGAUAUUUGGCUUUCCGUGGUAGUGAGAAUUUAUGUACUAUAAUAAUUACGGAAAUAUGAACUUUUAUGGUCUCGAUACACUUUAUGUAAGUGAAACCUGUUCAAGCUAACUUAUUGAAAUGUUUGUAUUCCAAAGUUCUCCGUCGUCAUAUCUUUACUUAUUGAACAUAUUUUUAUGAAUUUCAGAUAUAUUAUUUUAUAAACUUAUCCUCCACACUCCUUGCAAUGUAACUUUUAUUCAGCAUCAAACAAUUAACUGAGGUGACACACUGAAAUAGCUUUGUCAGUAGAAACACUAGUGCAGGAAUUCUGUCAGUAGAGACACUAGUAGACUUUUAACCCUUUUUGCAUUACACUCCCCCUCUUGAUUUGAAAAAAAGUUCCUGUACACCAUCCUGAUUUCAAAACAUAUUUCUAGCACCCAUAUAAUAAAAAAUACAAAUAAACCAGAUUUUCUAGAUCUUUCUGCACCCCCUGACACUGCCUUCUGCAUCCCCAGGAGGUGUGGACAUCCCUGGUUAAGAACACAUGCGCUAGUUCAUUAUGAAUUAAUGAAGACAUAAGCUCAUCAUGAAUUAAUGGAGAUACCAGUUUAUUAUGAAUUAAUUAAUCAACUCAUGCAGCUGCUUGUUCAAUGUUGCAUUGUCUUAUAAUUCACACAUAUUUUAAUCAGUCUAUGUUGCCCCAUGACGUCUGUUACCCCCAUUACAUUAAUGUUGCCUCCAUUACUUUUAUUUGCCCCUAUGAUGUCUAUGUUUUUUGCAUAUUUCGAUCACUUGAUGUCUCAGAUUUCCCUGAUUAUCCGUGCUCAGCAUUUAUAUGUAAAAAGGUGGACAUUUUUAUUAACAGUUACUAACUUGAGUAAUUAAUAUACCAAUGCAGGAGUGCAGUCAUUACAGGAGUGCCGUCUUUAAGUUAACUUUCAUCAUUCCAACAAUGAAAAUUCAUUAAAACAUUAAUCAUUUUUGUUAUUAUCUAGGGGUAGAAUAUAGACAGGUGAUGUGCUUGACAUGUGUAGCCCAAGCAUCCCUGGAAGUCCCAGAAAAACUGAAAGAAAUUUUUAAAAUUAAAAAUGACUUGCAAAAUUAAUUCAUAUGAUUGUGAAAUUCUUUUAACCAACUAUUUUCAUCAAGUCUUCAUGAGAAAUGUUUUUUAAAAUACACUGAAAGGUGCCAAACCUUCCAUGUAUUAUUUACCUACAGAAAACCACCAUGACUUUGGGCUAAAUAUAGUCCAGAGAUGUCUAAUGUUAAACUUCUGGUGCCCAAAUAAAUGAUGCACAAUUAGUGGAUUGUUGGAGUAGCUAUCCAAUGGGAAGGACUGCAUUCAGUUUCAGGUUUGGAGAGUAAUGCAGGGAGCUUUUCUUUUGUGGACCUUUGUUCUUUUUCUGGAAUUGUGUAACUUGUAUUCUUCUUGAUCCAUUUUGUACAGACCAUUUGUUAUUCACCCAUAAACUCCCAUGGUAGGGAGUGGUCAUUGUCACUUUCAUUUAUUAGGCUGUGAUUAUUGCUGCAACUUUUGGCAACAAUUGACUCAUUAAGCUACAUUGAUAGAAGAAAAAUAGAAAUUAAAUUAAAUUGAUCCAUCUUUAAAUUCCUGAAAAUUGAUGAUAAAAUUUGAACUAUUUUUGAUAUCUAAUUCUAUGAUCAUUUGUAGAAGAGACAUGAUUAUAUGUCAUUUAUUUGUAUUUAAAAUUUUGUUUCUUAUCUAAACAUGAGUAAAGUUUCACUACCUGUGAAAGAAUAUUUCGGUCUUACUUUAAUACACAGGAAUUAUUCAACAGAUAUCUAUUUGGGAAUGUAAACUUGUGUUAAUCACCGCUUCUUGCUGCCUGAAGUUGCUGAAGUACAGCCUGUUUCAUUUAUCCUUGCAUUUAUUCUCAGAACAAUUGACCAAAACUUUAUUUUAACAAUUAUAAAAAUAACAUCAACAGCAUAUUAAGAGAACAGUAUUUAAAAAAAAAAAAAAAAAAUUUUUUUUUAAAGAAAUUUUUUUUGAAGUUCAGCCUGUUUCAUUUAUCCUUGCAUUUAUUCUCAAAACAAUUGACCAAAACUUUAUUUUAACAAAUAAAAAAAAAACAUCAAAAGCAAAAUAAAAGAACAGUAUUUAAAAAAAAAAAAAAAAAACUUUUUUGUAAAGGAAUUUCGUUCAGACUUGAUGGUUGUGUCUGCACUUAAGAACUACAUUUUGUCAAAUAUGAAUAAGUUGUCUUCUAUUAUCAAGACAACAAUAAAAUAUUCACUGUACAUACAUUGUUAUUACUCGUAAGUAUAGAUGUAUGUUAAAUGUCAGCAUUGUUGUUAGACCUUUCUCUGUCCUCAUCACACCUAGAGUUAGACAUUUCUUUGUCACCGUCACACCGAGAGUUAGACACUUCUUAGUCACUGUCAUACCUAGAGUUAGACACUUCUUUGUUACUGUCACACCUAGAGUUAGACACUUCUUUGUCACAGUCACACCUAGAGUUAGACACUUCUCUUUCACCGAAAAAAAUCACACCUAGAGUUAGACAUUGCUCAUUCAGCUUCUGUCACAGUUUUACAGUUAGACAUUGUUCAUUCAGCUUCUGUCACACCUAGAGUUCAAUUUUCAUCCAUUUAGCAACUGUUGCAUCUGUAACAUUAUGGCCAAACUCAUCCAUGACAUGACCUAGUUUCAUGAUACAAUUUAAUUAUGAACUGGUUUUUUGUUUGUUUUUUAUUGGAGCAACAUUAAAUUUCGUGUAUCCGAGAUACCGGUACAAAAAAUAACAUCUAAUUAUCAAAAUUAUGGACUCUGUAUUCAAAAGCAAAAGUUAUGAACUUUCUUUGGUUAAAUUAUAAAACAUGUCUUUGUGUAACAGCCGUAGCUAGUUUAACAUGACUAAAAAGUGACAUUCUGUUUCAAGUGAAACUGGCCCACACUGUAUUAUCUUAGUAGUUAAAUGAAUGUUAUCUGAUAACCAUUACGCUAAUCACUUUAAUUUCUAAUGUUUAUUUUUUGAAAAAACAAAAACCUAAAUGAAUUUGUAUUUAUUAGUAUGCAUGUUUGUGUUUUCUAUAGAUUAAAAAAUCAGUUUAUCAUAAAUAUUGAAAUUACCUCUUUAAAACUAUCCUAAUUUAGUUAUGCUAACUAUAUAAGGGCCGUCUACAAAUGUCACACAGUUGUGGCCGAUUUUACUAAACACCCCCCCCCCCCAACUCAAAGCGUAACAUAUUUUAGCCACCUUCAAUGAAACAUCAUCACUAGUUGUGUGAUGUCAUUUGUGGAUGGCACUUAACCAUAGAGACUCUGUAUAAGAACAUUCAAUACAAGCGCACAUUUUUUUUAUUGUACCUUAGUGGAUAAAUCCUCAAGUCCUAACUAAAAACUUGAGAUAUAAACAAAACCUUCUCAUGUAUAUUAUCAAAGUGAUCUUGGACUUGGACAGACUUAGCUUCUUAAUGUCCAAUUAAGCUUCUGCAGUCCAUAGUGGUACCAUUAGCCAUUUUGUCUCCCCUAUAUUGUUUCAUCUUAUUUAGUACUUGGGUGUUAUUUAACUUAUAUGUUUGUAUCUUGUGGCUAUGAAAUGAAUAUUUGAAAUAAAUUUCUUUUAAAGUGUCA